AAUAAUAUGGUGCCCUGUAGUCCUCGGACAGCCCUCUGACUACAGGAAGGAAUACUCAGACUCAGACCAGAACCAAAAUACCCAGAGUUUUCCUUCUUGGACACACCAUAAGGGUGCCACUCACAGCGACACAACACCACACAUCUAAGAGGAGGAGGAAGAGAUGGCGAUCCAAAAUAACUCUUGUGCUGUUCAUUUGGCGUUUCUGCUUGUGUUUGUGUUGAUUGCGGCAAACGCCUCUCCUGACAAGACGAAGACUGUGGAGUUCAACGUUAAACCGGGAGGAGUGGUGCACACUUUCACUGAGGGGAUUAGGGAGUAUGAAUGUUCAUUCACUUAUGCUUCACAAGGGGGAACCAAUGAGCAAUGGCUGAUGAGUGUGGGUCUGAGUGACGACGACAGACUGUUUUCCUGCUCUGUGUGGAGGCCCCAGGGGAAAUCAUACCUGUUUUUCACUCAGUUCAAAGCUGAACUGAAGGGAACCAAAAUUGAAUAUGCCAACGCGUAUUCGCAGACAGCAGCGUCAGGACAGAGUGACGUGCCUUUGAAGCCGGAGGAAUUUACCAUAGGAGACUCAACAGUGACCCACACAGAUGGAAAGUUCAGCGCUCAACUCUCCAAACUGACCGCCAUUGGACAGACACGACACGAUGAGCUGUAAUUGGUCAGAAGUCUGAAUUGGCUUUGGUCGUGUUUUGACCAAUCAGAGCACCUUGUUGAGCUCUGAGUCGGGCCUCUGUGUUUCAGCUCAGUAGUCAAUGAAGGAUGGAUUUGGGAGAGUUCUUCCUGAGUGACAACCAAAAAUUGUGGGAUGAUACUGAUAUUGCUUUUGCGGCACUUUGUGUCAGUACAUUAAUUACCUGUUAUGUUUUUACAAUGGAUUCAUCUGCAAAUAUGCUACUUGGGACAAAAAAUACACCCAGGAAUUAGUUGAGUAUUCAUAUUUUUUACUACAUAAUGUCGUAGUUAAAAUUCAGCCAUAAAAUAAAGUGCUUCCAUAGUUGUUUCUUAGUUUCUGAGGCUUUAAGAUUUACAGAGAGCAAAUCUGUUCUGAUCCACUGGGGAUGUAUGUGAAUGUAUAGAGGAUUGGUGUCUGGGGGCUUGUAGAGUAUAGAUAACAUAUUUAGAGUAGGGAGGGAUUUAUCCAUCUUGUGUAGUCCUGAGAGGAAAGUGAGUAAUCCCCCAAUAGCGUCAUCGCACACACAUAAACAGUUACAUUUUCCUCAAUCUCGCUCUGUUCUAGAUAACUGUAAGCACGCAUUUUAUCCCCUAAAAUCACCAAUUAGUACCACUUUUGAUAACUUUUUGUUAUGAUUGUGUUUUUGGCCAGAAGGGAUACUUGUAAUAGAGCCGAUAGCAGCUUCAUAGCAUGAUUUUAAUAGAAAGAAAUACAGUAUACACUCAAGAAGUGUUUUUGCAUUUUUGGAUGAAUCUUAAACUGUAAAUGUGAAUUAAUUGUAAGAUGAGAAAAUAUGUAUCAAGUAGAAAUUAUUAUUUUAUUUGAAAUUACCAUAAUCGGGAUAAUUUCAAUUACACACCUGCGGCAGGCAAUGCAGCUGAAGAUACAACCAUUUCCGUAUUUGUAACAUACUCUAAUUUCAGGAUAUUUCAAUUGAGGUUUAACCCAAAAAUACUAAAAGAUAAGGCGUGCACAGACAUGUGGUAUAUAUGGCCAAGAGAUGCCAUCCUAUAUUCCUGAGUCCUUCUUGAAACUUUUGCUUUCAUCCUUCAGUGCCACAUGUGUGGAUCAGGUUUCAGAAGUACAUCACUAUGAUUACAGGUCCCCCUCCUCUCCCUGAUCCUUUAUGUAGCGAGUAGGAUUGCCUUUAUCUUCCUUAUAUUGAUCCAACUCCUCUUAGAUCCACUCAAGUGUCCAGAAGAUGAGUUCUGGGGAUUUCAGAUUGGAGGAUUUUGCUUAUUUGUGUCUUGAGGUCGGAUUACUCACCAAGAUUCGUACCUUGUUUGGCCUGGGUUUAGAUUCUCUCAUCUGUCUAGAGGUGAUCCUCUGGAGUGAAGGAAAUGCUCAGCAGGGACGUUUGUGUGUCCCUUUGUCACCGUCGAGGCUCCCUGUGGGGUCACAACAGGAAAUAACCACGUCCAGAUUCUGAUCCGAAAUAGAAAAAGCACACGCAAUGUUACUUAUUUUGUACAUGUUUUCUUUUUCUACUUCUUGACUGUUCUGAUUCGUGAUGAAAUGUGAUGAAUGUUUCAAUAAAGACACGUUGCCACUGUUUUGGAGAUAA